UUAGCAAAGGCCACCUGGCUAGUUUAACACCAGGGGAUCUACCAAUCGAGCUGGCCCUGCCCAAUGAAGGCAAACCCAUCUGUGGCAUUGCUUUUGCUCAAGGACCUGGGUGUGCUUGGUGGGUGAUGCAGAAAGAUGAGGAAGUAAUUUUGGGUGAGAAUAGCCAAUAAAUUAAGUUGUAUGGUGUGAAUUGCUACAUAAUAAUGCAUGUCAUCUCUACUUUGAUUGCUAAAUACCAUAAUAGGAGUAUUACAGUAAGAAUCACCCAGAUAAAUGAAGAAUAACUUUGAUGAAAAUGAGCAAAGUGCAGCGAUGAUGAAACCAGAACUGGCUACAGCAACAAGCGCCCAGCAACUUCCUUGAGAUUGACACCUUUAACCUGCAGGCCAUGAGAUUGGACCAUGCCAGAUACAGCAGCCGUGAGCUCCGGAUGCAGCAUGCAACAAUCCAACAGUACACACCAUCGCUUCUGCCCCGAGAGACUGUUGCGGCAGAUGAAGCCCAAAGUCAUGGAUGAAAUGAACUCGAUGAACAUUUUUGAGGGAUUUAGAGGGAAGGACAUAGACUAAGGGAGUGAUACCGGCAUGUACAGUAAAAAGACUGUACUUUCAAAAGACAGGAAAAGUGAUGGUGAUUAAUUGGAAUGUAUUGGGAAAUAUAAGACCUGGGCAUGACAUAGAUGGUAUGGAUUAAGGCGUGGAUACUGUCCUGGUUUCGACUUAGAGUUAAUUUUCUUUCUAGUAGAUGCUAUAGUGCUGUGUUUUGGAUUUAGUAUGAGAAUAAUGUUGAUAACACUGAUGCUUUUAGUUGUUGCUACGUAGUUUUAGUGCCUACACUAAGUCAAGGACCUUUCAGCUUCUCACGCCUUGCCAGGUGCACAAGAAGCUGGGAGGGGAUGCAGCCAGGACAGCUGACCCAGAUUGGCCAAAGGGAUAUUCCCUAAUAUAUAGCAUCAUGAUUCAUAUAUAACUGGGGAAGCGAGUUGGGCGGUAGAGUCACUGCUUGGAAACAGACUGGGCAUCAGGUUGUUUUAUUUGCCGUUUGCAUGUGGUGAGCAAUUGCAUUUGUGCAUCAGUUGUAUUAUUAGUAGUAGUAGUAGUAUUAUUUUCUCUUCCUUUGUUAUGCUAUUAAACUGUCUUUAUCUCAAGCCAUGAGUUUGUUUUCCCAUUCCCCUCCUCAUCCCCUUGAGGUGGGGGGAGUGAGCGAGUUGCUGCGUGGUGCUUAACUGCCGGCUGGGGCUAAACCACGACAAUGAGAAAAAAGGUACUUCUUAGCUGCAUAAUCCUUCUGUAACUGAUACUUCCGAAUUUCUUCCAGAGUUACUACACUUAACCUGGAAGAUACCUAGUUUAGGCAUAAACAGGGUAAAUUAGAAAAUAACUGUUUCAAAAGAUAUCAGUGACUUGCUUUCCAUGUUAUUGAUUCAUGGGGUUUUUUUCCUCAUUAUAUAACAUGAACAAAAGCUUUAGAGCAAACUGUUCCAGCUGUCUUCUCCUGAAAAGGAAGCAUGGAAAACUAGCACUUUAAAAACCUUUUUUUAUAAAAUCUUUUCUUUUAAAGGCCGUGCUCCUAAAAUCACCAUGCCACCCCCACCUCAGAACAAGAAUGAUGACUUCAGUGAUGACUUCAUUCAUUCAGUGAAGACUUCAUUGCAGACAGAUAAAACAACUUUCACACCUGAAAUAAAAAACACCACAGUGACUCCAAGUGUAACCAAAGAUGUGGCAUUGACAGCAGUUCUGGUUCCAGUGCUGGUGAUGGUCUUCACUACUCUGAUUCUUAUCUUAGUUUGUGCGUGGCAUUGGAGAAACCGCAAGAAAAAAACUGAGGGCACUUACGAUCUACCUUACUGGGAUCGUGCAGGGUGGUGGAAAGGAAUGAAGCAGUUUCUCCCAACGAAAUCAGCAGAACAUGAAGAAACUCCCGUACGCUACAGCAGCAGUGAAAUUGGUCACCUAAGACCAAGAGAAGUCCCAACAAUGCUGCAAACAGAGUCUGCAGAGUAUGCUCAGCCACUGGUAGGGGGAAUUGUCGGCACGCUUCAUCAGAGAUCAACCUUUAAACCAGAGGAAGGGAAAGAAGCAAGUUACGCCGAUUUGGACCCUUACAAUUCACCCAUACAAGAAGUUUACCAUGCUUAUGCUGAACCGCUACCUAUAACGGGACCGGAAUAUGCAACUCCAAUAAUCAUGGACAUGUCCAACCAUCCCAGCACCCCUCUUGGCGUUCCUUCCAUUUCCACCUUCAAAGCUGCAGGGAAUCAAGCUCCUCCACUGGUGGGAACUUACAAUAAACUCUUAUCUAGGACAGACAGCGCAUCAUCAGCACAGGUGCUGUAUGACACACCAAAGGGGCAGCCGGGGCCAGGUGCCACUGAUGAAUUGGUGUACCAGGUACCACAGAGUGUGGCCCAUUCCGCUGGGAGUAAGGAUGAACUGAGUUAGCUCACGAGUAAGGUAGAAUGAUGGCUUGCUUUUUAAAAGCCAAUUCCAUGAAGCUGACAGUUUCACUUUUUAAUCGCGUUGUUUUGAUAUUGUUAGUCUUAAAUAAUACAAUGUUCAACCAAAAGAUGUGGUAUUGGAGGUCUGGGAAACCAGUAAUUCUGCCUUUCCUUAAGCUGUAUAUGUAAUGACAGCUUGUUUCCUGCAAAACUGUGGACGUUUUUAUUACUACUGUACAGUUGUCUGUCAGACAUGAGAGAAGAACUCUUCAAGAUUAGCUUCAGUAAUUCAUAGAUGUGAAUGCUAAAUUGGGAGAAACAGUUUAAAGUAUGAAAGCCAGUAAUUUCUCGCUAAUGGUACUAUUUCGGGGGGGGACGACCAAACAAACUCAAAGCUCCUAAUUUUCUAAGAUCUAUAUGUAAGCACUAUAGCUUCUAAAAUUAAUUUUACACUCUAUAAAAUGCCUGCACAACUUUGGAUUUUAAAAACUACUGUCAGGACUGAUGGCAAAAAUCCCAUUCACUUCAUGGCAUAAAAUAGUUUUGAUUCUAAAUUGCAUUGCUUCAGCUUUUGUUCACAGCAUUAGGAAUCAUCAGCUGUGUGUUCCUCAGAAGUUUGCCACCAUUUUUGUUAGCCUUCCAAAACUAGAAUCCAUUGUCUGUACAAUCUGUUUUCUGCCUCAUCUCCCUAAGCCACUCAGUCCUGUUCUUCCUAGGGAUCCAGGAGGCAGAAAGUCAUACAAGCAAACUACACAGUAACUACUUUUACAUUUUUUUUUUUCCCUACUAAGUGAAGGCUGCGCUGAAUAGCGUCUGCCUCAAAAUUAGACUUCCCUGAUGGUCAGUGUGCAAGAAGCAUCCAGGUGUUAGAGGUGACUGAAUUCAGAAAGGUUCUCCCUGUCCCCCUGCCCUGAUUCCCCCCAGAGUACCUAUUGUUGUGUGUUAAGAUGUGAGCAUAUACAAAGCAAGCUAUGUAUAUAACUUCAUGAGUGCUUAAGGAAGCACACAAAUACUCUAAUGGUGCACAGUUUGUGUUAUACACACUUUUAGCACAUAGGGUACAUUUUAGCACAAUUGAAAAACUUUAGCCUUAGGGCUUUUCUUACAAUUGUUCAUAUUAGAAGUAUAGAAGAUUCCAAAACGUUUGCAAGAGAACCAGUACUGUUCCAAAGCAUGUCCAUUUCAGAAGCGUUUAAUGAAAGUUGUAUCCUUUGAAUGUUCCAGUGUUCUCUGCUAUGAAAACAUUGCAGUCAGUCUUCUAUUUGAGCUAACAUAGGCUAGAUUUAGCUAGGUAAUCAUGAAAUGAAAACAAUUUGGAUGUCAUAGUUGCCAUUUUUUAUCUUGUUAGAAACAAAGCACAGCUUUUUAACCUAAGUAGGAGAAAAAACCCACAACAAAAAUGCUUUAUUUUUAUGGUAACAGCACUGUUGGGAGGAUGCUGAAUUAAUUUAUACAUGUGAAAGCCCCUACCGACACAUUACCCCAGUUUUAUGGACUUCAGUGGUUACUGUUUGUUUCUGUGAUGUAACUCAUUUCAGCCUUGUUUAUUGCCCAGGGUCCUUAGUCUAGGUGGAGAACAUCCAAAUCGAAACUAAAAUACUGUUCAAGAGGGCUGCCACCAUGUCUUUAUACCAGUAUGGUAUCCUAAUUUAUCACUUAAAAAGUUGUUUGCACAGGGGCUAUAUAUAAAACUCAGUAAUCCAGAAUUACUCAUGGUCUGUUCAACAUCUAGAAUGUGUUCUUACAUACUCUGUGCUACCUUAAAGCCCAACUCUACAAUUUUUUGAUCAUUCAAUCUCAUUUACUGAGAAUGAUAAUUAAUUACUUUUUAGAAUUGGGUGUCUAAAUGUGAAUGUAAGUAAGGGUGGUAUAUAAGACCCAUUCAAGAAAAAGAAAUUCCUGCCUAUAGUUCUAUUUUUUUUAUUGCAACUGUUUCUGCUUGAUAAAGCUAGUCUGCAACCUUUGUUAAACAAAGGUUUGUUAACCUUUGCUUAAACAGGUAAGUGUUCUUAUCCAUCAGCAGCAACUAUGACUUCAAAAUGAUCUGAGCUGAUUUUAUUUGAAAGGGGCGGGAGGUUAUUUGUUUGCACCAAGAUGUGACAUAUUUAUUCCAGCCAAGUUAAGAAACCUCUGCAUUCUCAAACUGUACCAGUUAAAAAAUUAAUCUAUCAUAAUGGAUGUGUUCAAGUCAGUAAAAUUAACUCGCUUGGAUUUAAUUUUUUAGUGUAGGCCAGGUAUGGUAGCACUGUGGAUAUACUGUAGGAUAAGAUGGGAUAAGAAUUAAACAGUUUCUCUACAGUGGGUUAUUUUUAAGCACCCAUACUGUAGAUUCAUUAUCUGAGCAGCAUGAGCUGUUGCCUGGAAUGGUUGCUUUUAGGAAUUUAAGUCCCUUUUCUGAAAGAAAUUGGUCCCAAGCUUUGCUCCCUGCUUUCAACUUUGAACAUGUUACCUGGUAGGACUAAGAAGAGAAGGUUGAACAUGUAAUGGUUGGGUUUAAAAUGUAUGCUAUGACCUGUUGAACAUUGAUUCCCAAUUGUAAGUUGCAUGACACACUUAAAAUCAGCAUCUGCUGUGCACAACACAAGCAGAGGUACAUUUAAUGGGUCUCUCUUACAUGUGAAGAUAUACAGAUAUAAAAUGUAUUUCAAUCUUGUUUGGCCUGAGUAUUCUCCCAGAAUGUAUGUUCUUACCUCAGCAUGUAUUGUAGUUGCUCAGUAUUUGUAUAUGUUGCUAGAACUUAGACUGUAUAAAUAGUGAGGGAUUUUUAUAUGUAUGUUAAAAAGUCUUUUAAAUAAAUUGUACAUACAUAUUA